AUGCCUCUCGAACCAAUCACGACAUCUUCGGACAGCAACCAUGAUGACGCCUCCUCCAUUCCAGAUGCGCAUUUGGACGGAAACGAACCCCGCGAGGUUGAUGACGGUCUCCCUAUGAACCUGGAAAAGCAAACAACCGCGAACUCUACAUCUUCUUCGUUUAACCAGCGCGCUCAAUCUAUCAUAUCAAGGAUCCGAAGUCGAGAACCCGGCCAAACCGCCAAAUUCACUCAUCCACUUUCCCAUACCAAGACUUCUCCGGAUGUGCUAGUCGACUUUGAAGGGCCGGACGACCCUUAUCAUCCGCGAAACUGGGGUUUUUAUAAGAAAUCUGUGACGACAGUACUCUAUGGAUUGACUACGAUGGGCGCAACCUGGGCUAGUGCUGUCUAUUCUCCGGGUAUAAGUCAGAUCAGCCACGACUUCAACGUUGGCAAAGAAGUCAGUCUGCUUGGUGUUACCUUUCUGCUUCUUGGAUUCGGGUUUGGCCCCCUUAUAUGGGCUCCAUUGUCAGAAAUAUACGGACGUAAGGCAGCCGUAAUGACUCCUUAUUUUAUCGCUGCGAUAUUCUCCUUUGGCACAGCAACUGCAAAGGACAUUCAGACGGUAUUGAUUACCCGUUUCUUUGCUGGCUUUUUUGGAUCUGCUCCAGUGACCAAUACUGGUGGUGUGCUCGGUGAUCUCUGGUCUCCUGAACAGCGAGGUGCGGCUAUUGUUGGGUAUGCAAUGGCUGUCGUGGGUGGACCUAUCCUGGGACCUAUCGUCGGUGGUGCCAUUGUCCAAAGCUACUUGCGAUGGAGGUGGACUGAAUAUAUCACAGGUAUCUACAUGAUGUUUAUACUACUCGUGGACGCUAUUUUCAUCGACGAGACAUACCCGGCCACGUUACUGGUCUACAAAGCACGGCGGCUUCGUUACGAGACUGGAAACUGGGCAUUACAUGCCAAACAUGAAGAAUGGGAUGUGAGUUUGAAGGAGAUGGCCCAAAAGUACCUUAUCCGACCUUUUGCUCUGUUAUUCACCCCCAUAUGCUUCUCUGUCGCCUUGUACGCGUCCUUUUGUUAUGGUAUUCUUUACCUCAACCUGGCAGCCUUCCCUAUCGAAUUCGAAGAAAAACGUGGGUGGAACCAGGUGGUUGGAGCAUUACCUUUUCUGGGUCUAUUAGUUGGAAUUUUUGGCGGAGCCUUCAUCAAUAUCUUCAAUCAGAAAUUUUACGUAAAACGACUCCGACAAAACAACAACCGGCCUGUGCCUGAAGCCCGCCUUCCUCCAAUGAUGAUCGGAUCUAUCGCCUUUAGCGCAGGAUUGUUCAUCUUUGGGUGGACUUCCUUUAAAGAUAUUCACUGGAUAUGCCCCGUCAUUGGUGCUGUUUGCAUGGGUCUAGGAUUUUUCACCAUUUUCCAAGGAGCUCUCAACUAUCUCAUUGAUACCUUUGCCUCAACCGCUGCCUCUGCAGUCGCUGCUAACACUUUCCUCCGCAGCAUCUUCGCUGCGGCAUUCCCGCUCUUCACGGAUGGCAUGUAUCAUAAUCUCGGGAUAAAUUGGGCAUCGAGCACUUUGGGGUUUAUUGCGGCUGCGUUGAUUCCGAUUCCGUUUUUGUUCUACAUCUAUGGCCGAAGGAUUAGGGCCAGAGGGAAGUGGUCGAGAGCAUCUGUUUAUCCUGAAUAA